UUCAAGAUGGACAGGCAGUAUAUUUACACAAUAGGAACUGUGGCAGAGUUGGAUAAAUCGACAGAAGAAUGUCGAAUAAACGAGGCUACGGUGACGGAGCUUGACUUCGGCCGUUCAUCCCUAAAAUUAUCUACAAGCAAUGAUACGAAAAAAACAAAAGAAAACAAAUGUGAUGUUUGCAGCAAAGUGUAUAAACAAAAAAGUCAUCUGCUGCGGCAUAAGAGAUCAGCUCACGAGGAUUUAAAGUUUACCUGCUCUAUUUGCGAGGUAAGUUUCAAUAGAAAAGACAACUUUACUAGGCAUAUGAAUCAACACAAAGAUAACAAAUUCUCCGUGAAAAGAAAGCCGGAUGAUAUGAGCGACUCCAUUAGUAAGAAAGCUCAUAGGUUACUAGAGACUGACGAAAACGAAGGAGGAACACCGAACGACACGACUGACGAAGAAAACGGAGGAACAUCGAAUGUGGUACAUACCGGAAAGUGUGUAUGUUGUUCAAGAACAAAACCUUUAUUAUCAGGAAAGAGAUUAUGUGCGCCUUGUGGAGUUCAAGGGAGAAAAUGUAAUUGGUGCCACUGUCAUCUCCCAGAAGGUUUCCAUGGUGACGGUACUGAUGUCUGUGAUAGAUGCUUGAAGAGACGAGAAACUUGGAAAACUCGCAAUCAACGAGAUGUCGGUAUUUCCGCACUUGAGGGAUCUGCCCGGACUGAAGUGAUGGAACCUAGUCCAGGAAAUGUAUGGAACGUUCUCCAGUUUUUUAUGGACAAUCAAAUGACAAUAACAAAAAUAUUGGAAGAGAGGCUGCAAAACUCGAAAGGAUUAUCUGUACCUGAAGCUGAGCAGUGGCAGAGAUUUGUCAGAACUCCAAAGUUGUGGUGGAAGAGAAUGGAGAAUGAAUCAGAGUCGGGCGAUGAGAAAGAGAUGAAUACAAACGAUGAUGACGAGGAAGAGGAAGAUGAUGAUAAUGGUGCCUUGUUGGACCUCGAAGAUGACGAUGAUAUUGACAUGGAUGACAUCCGGCUAUUUGAUGAGGAAGAUUUAUGUGUUAGCGAAACUUCUCAGGAAAAUCAGGUCAUGCAAGAAGAUUGUUCAGGAACCGACGAUGAUGAUGAUGAUGAACAAGAGUUGUGUCCCUUUGACAAUGAUCUAACAACUGAUAAAAACAAGACUCAAAAUAAGAAAAAUUCAUCCGAGAAUUGCUCUAUAGGGUCAGUAGAAUGUGAUAAAUAUGAAUCUCAGGAAAUCUUUACCUCAUCCAAAGAUAGGUCAUUACCUCAGGGGGCAUCUCAAAAUGUAUCUUUGGAAAGAAAAGCAAUGUUCCAGCAAGAAACUGGGCAAAUUUUCCUCAAAGAGAAUGAAAGAAAGCAGCAACAUGUUGAGGAAGCAUCUAGGUCAGAAUCUGGUGUACAACAGGAACACGUGAUUACAAAAGGUCAAGGUUCAGGAACAAAAAAUAUACGAAGCAAUCCGAGAGAAUCGGCAGUUCUUAACGAGGAUCAACAGGAGUUGUCCAAGGUUCAAUCAGAUAUUGACGAUAUAAAACUGGUCAAACCCAAGGAGAGAAAAUCGCCAAGGAAAGCUAUUCGAGAAGCCGUCACUAUAGCAACCGGCCUUGAGUCAGAGUUAGGGUUGGAUGGAAGUGGCCUCAAAAUUAGCAGUCAAGCAACAACUGAACCCACAACACCAUCUAACGUGACCACUGAUGAACUCCCCAUAUCUGAGGCUAAUUCGCCCGAGGUCAUUGCUAUAGAUGAUCCCUCUCCUGUUUUAGAGGUAGAAAGUGACCAAUUUGACAUAGAGAGCGGACCACAUGGUGCUAAAAGUCGACAUAAGUGUUACUUAUGCGAGGUGACGUUCAACUCUAAGGUUAAUUUGACAGUUCACACACGUACAGUACAUUCAUACUACCCACAACUACCUCCUUGUGGCUGUACGCACUGUGGUGCUCAGUUCAAAUCGGAAGAAUUUGCCUAUAAGCACGAACAUGAAGUUCACAGCCUCGACACAGCAUGUGCAUUCUGUGGAAAGAACCAAUCGACUAAAGAAGCCUUGCAGACCCACGUCUGCAAUCACCUUCAACCCCUUACCUACCUCUGCAUGUUGUGUCGCGAAGACUUUCCCAGUGUUGUCGAGGCUGAGAAUCAUUUAAGCAAGCACAAGGGGGAAGUUGCCUUCUGGUCUGACUUCCUCAAAUGUAGACUUUGUGGGUCUUUGUUCAACAAGCGUGAUAAACUUUAUGCUCAUGUGAUGAAAGUGCACGAGGAUUUAUUUCAAGUUAAGUGUAAAUCGUGUAGUCAGCCUUUUUACUUGGAUUCGGCUCUGGCAGUUCAUCGCAGCGAUCAGUAUCAACGGCUCGAUGGUAAGAGGAUACGGGUUAAUGAUAACAUACCUAUACAAUUGAGCCUGACGAGCGGAAAAGUGUCGAAGGAGUCGAUCGACAUAUCAGAGGAUGGUAGUGUUGAAAGUCACAAUGAAGCAUGUGCUCUGAAAUUAAAAAAUAACGUCAGCAGUAGUAAACCUGUCAAUCAUCAGAAUCACUUGGAAAUGAUGUACCACCUGGGCCGACUGGACACCAAUGUAAAAGACAGUGCUAGUACUGCCAAAAAAUCUGAUGGUGCUGUGUCCUCAAAAUCAACAAAGAGAUCCAAUAGUGGCAAAAUUACAGCCAAACACAGUCUCAUGGCCAAGUUACUAGACAGGAAAAAUUUUCAGAAAACAAGUGAAACACCAAAGGAUGACAAAGACCAGGAGGCAAAGAAGAGUGACCCUGCCCUCAUACCAGACAGUUUAGAAAACUACUUUCAAAGAAUUAUGUUCCGUAUGGCAUCCAAUAUACAGGAACUUCUUCGAUAUAGCCUCACGAUUGAAGGUCAUGUUACUCAACAGUCCCAUCAGUUCCUCGCCAAAGUGUACGAUCAAAAGUUCAAGGUUGUGAUGGUAUUGUGGACAGAACUACAAGGUCUGACGCAGGCAGUGAAAGCAAAUGUUUUUGCCAAAGGAAACAGUCUUUCGAAGGAUCUCGUUGACGAACUUGUGUUUGGCAUUUUGAAAAAUGUGCAUUCGUUACGAAAGUCUAAAGUGGAAACCAUUUUGCUGAUGGGACAAUGCAUGGUGAAAUCUUUCCAGGAAUUAAUUAAAGUGAUGGUGGGCAGGGAUACCAUUGUUACACCCGGCCUUCAGUUGAUAGCUGUCAACCACUAUGAACAAUGGCUAGACUUUUUCCCUACUAUCAUAGACGGUCAGUGGAAUGUUUUCAAGGAAAGCGCCACCAUCCACACGAACAACAAGAACAAGAAAGUUUUGGAGACAGUGGGGAGACUGUGGCAUUCAAGAGUUACUCUGAACGAAGCAGUCCUUCUCAAGAGAGAUGAAAUAAAAAAAUGGAAGGAAGGUUUGCAUCCAGCUGCAAUGUCAUUCAGAGUGGAAGAAGAGGUGGAAGAUAAGGAAAAUUCAAAGCAGAUGCUGUUUAAAAUGACAAGCGAUACAGCAGUUUUUGUGACUGGAAGAAGUUCACCUGUAGCCAUUAGCUCUGUCGAGCCUGGCACCGAGGUAACAAUUCCUGUUGGUAAAUUACCACCAGAAAAACAAGGUCGGGCCUCGGACACGGUCAAUAUCUUACCCGGGACACAAAGUUCAAAUGCUGGGGGAAAAGCCAACAUGGUUUCUCCGGUAGCCCAUCUUCCAGGAUUUCUGGCCAACGACCAGCCCAAGGACAAUGAAUAUCGACUGGCCUAUAUUUCUGAAAGAUAUCUUCAAGACCGGAUUAGUCCAGAGAAUGUCCUAAAGCCCCAGCAACCAAUCAGUAUUGACCUUAUCAGCGACAACGAAGAUGAUGAUGCUGAGCACGAAAUUAUGGAAGAUAACAUAGAAUGCUCUGAUGAUGACAGCAAUGAAAGGCGGGAUGAAAAAUCACCUGACGAGCCAUUAAUGUUAGUUUGUAAGGACGAUGAUCCUGUAAAUGUUGAUACAGAUAAAGAUAUGUCCGAUCAAGUCGUGGAAAACUCGGGUCAAGUAACGAUUGUCACGAAUAAGGAUAUUGGUACCGAUCAUAUGGAACUUGACUGUGUCACUAUCAAACCAGAACCGAUGGAUUACCAUAAUACCACAGUAGACCUCUGUCUGGUGGAUGACGAUGAAGACGAUGAUUUUAAUGAGAAAAGCGAUGAAAAUGAUGAAAACAAAGAUCCUGUCUCCUUUGUAAUACUUGACUCGGAAAAUAAUGAGGAAAUCAAAAUUAUGUUAGUUGAGGAUGAUGAUGCUCCAGAAAUCAGGAGAGUAAAUGCAAAUCCUCAAAUCAAGCAGGAAAUCAGUUCAGAUUCUAGUGGAAACAUGGAAACCUCUGAUCCGGUACAAUCAAUUAAACGGGAAAGAACCUCACCAGAGGAUGAAGUACCCACGUUGACAAGACCACAGCCUGAUCUAAUGGCAGACAUUCCAGUAGGUCCACCAAAUAAAAAACUCAAGUUAGUUCAGGUUUUUAACGGUGCUACAAAUGAAGACAUCAAUACUCAUCUUCUUGAAGGGGAGAUCACUCCGCGACCUGCUUCCAUGCCGGAAGUGAAAACAGAAUCUAUUAAAGAAGGUUACCCAGAUCGUUCAGGGGAGACAACUCUAAAAGUGAAAAAGGAGCCGUUGUUAUCUAAUUCUAAUGACAUUUCACCUACGUCAGCAAUAACACAUACAGUCAUUCAUCCCAAGCUCAAACUUGAGCCGGUAGACUCAAGAAAUGUGGAUUCGUGUGCUAUAGCAGAAAAUUCAAUGGAAAGUUAUAAGUGUAAAUUACAGCAGAAAGAGGUUUCACAAUCAGACUCGAAAGUUGUUAAAUCUGAGCCUUGUGACACUCAACAGUCGGACUUAGUGGUUAUAUCGGAGCCUCAACCAAACUCCCAAAUUGUGAAAUCUGUGCUUUGUGACAAACCACAGUCAGACUCUGUGGUCAUACCGGAGUCCCAAUCGAACUCCAAAGUGGUGAAAUCUGAGCCUAGUGGCUCUCCAAAAUCAGACUCAGGAGUCAAGUCUAAGCCACAGUCGGACUCUGUGGUCAAUCACGAGUCCCAAACAAACUCCAUAGUUGUGAAAUCUGAGCCUUGUGGCCCUCCACAGUCAGACUCUCUGGUCAUACCCGAGUCCCAAUCGAACUCCAAAGUGGUGAAAUCUGAGCCUAGUGGCUCUCCACAGUCAGACUCAGGUGUCAAGUCAAAGCCAAAAUUGGACUCAGAGGUCAAAUCUGAGCCACUAUCGGAUGCAGAGGUGCUCAAAGCAUACUACGCCUACUCCUAGCAUAAGUGUACUUUAAUCAUUAGCCCUAUAGAUCAAAAGCUCAAUUAGGUGGAAAUCUCCGCUCACUUAUUUUUAGCGCAAUUUUCACUUGCGAUUGAGGAUACUGUCCAGUGUGCCAGUAUUGUUACCUAGAUUUCAAAUCAAUGGUAGUGGGGAUCAGUCAAGGUCAUAUUUACUGUUACUAAAAAUAGAUCUAUAGUAAUAUCUUGUUAACUUAUGCUAUACACAUUGUUCAUUUAUUCAUAUAACAGUAGAAUUUUUUGCUUUUAGAACUUUUGAGGUUACUUCAAAGAAGUCAUAAAUAACACCAUAUUAUCAAAUCAAAGAUGUCUGCCACAUCUUCUGUAAUUUUACAUACAAGAUAUUUUGUCACAUUAACAUUUUUAUGCCAAACCAAAAAAACAGAUAUUAAUAUAAGCCCAGUGAUGAGUUCAAGUACCUACAGUAACCUUCAUGUUUGUAGAAUCUUCAAUAACAAUUUAGCUGAACGUAUUUUGGGUGAAAUUUGCUAAAAUAAGAUCACCACUAAAAUACUUAAAUUUGCAGUAUCAAUUCUGAUUCAAAGCUGAGACCUAUGAAUUGCUGGAAUUCUUUUUCUCUCUUUUCAUACCAUAACCCCGUUGAAAUUUUUCAAGUGGUACAAUUCCGUGAAAACAAACACACAUAAUGGAUAUGGGUAUAGCUUAAUUGUAACAAGUACUUGUGCAGACUCAAAAUGCAGAGUUCCAAAGUUUCCAUCAUAUAUUAUAGAACAGUAAACAAAAAAUUGAUGUGUUUGUCCUUUUUUGAGCAAACUGAAUGUUUGAUGUGUCCCAAGUGGACUGACUUUGUUUUGGUUUUUUUUAGAAAUUAUGAAAAACUGCUGUCAGCCAGCCAUAAAAUUUCUAGACAGCUGCGCGCAUCAAUCUUCAUAAUCAUGUACCAAAAUUCCUAUGAACAGCCAUGCUUGGUCAAGACUUGUGCCAGCUACCAUGGUUUGCAUUUCCAGUUCAAUAGUUUCAAUCAUUUCACCUGGGAAUGCAAAAGCACCAGUAUUUUCCAAUCCAGUAUCAAAGAUGGCUACCAUGGUUUCUGAUUGGCUAAGGUCUGAUAACUUGUUCGUUUGGUCUUGUGGAAAUUGGUAUUUGUCAGAUAUUAGUAUUGCCCUUAUUUUGAAGUCUAAGGUUAUUGCCAGCACUUCUGCUUGACAAUGUUUGGAGUUAAGGUAAAACUCUGUACAGAUCACUCUGCCUUUAUAAUUCUUCUGUUUUGGAAGAAAUUUUAGGGUAGAUUUUAACAGUUUGAUGUAGUAACCUUGAGAGAAAAUGCAUACUUGCGUAGAUUUACUCCUGAAUUUGGGGCCUUAUUUAAUUAUUCAAACAUUAUCAUCGGUAAAACUCCAUUUGUCUUCCAAAAUUUGUAAGAUCCAGUUACAAUGAACUCCAGAAAAAGCACCUUCAAAGCAUAUAUUAGUUCUAAGGUAUUAAAUUUGGUAAAAGUUUAUGAAUAUAUUUUUCUUCAGUGUGAAAAUUUCAACAUGUGCAAUAACCCCCUGGAAAUUUCAAUAAGGUUGAAUUUAUGCAAUUGCUGCCAUGUUGCCAUGUAAAAAUAUAGUGUUUUAAAAGUCAUGAAUUAUGGUUGUGUAUAGCUGUCAUGUGAUGGGAGAGUUAACUCCCCUUCUGUAUAGUCUUAGGGAGUUAUCUCCUCCUUUGAUGGAGUUUUCUCCUAUUUUGUAUAUCCGUCAAAAUGGGGAGAUAUGCAUAUCAAUUACAGAUUACCAUGUGUUGAAUGUGAUAGAGAAAAAUUAAAAGAACUUGUGAAAUGAAUGAAAAUAAAACAGGAAAAAUUA